AUGCUGGUGGCGGACAAGCUCAAUGUCGAGUCCUCGCUACGCGUGCGGAUGCUCCAGAUCCGAGAGCGCGAGUUUGAUCUCUUCCUCGACCGGAUCCGGACCAUCGGAACGCUGGCGACGGUGCUCGCCGGACUCGGGCACGCCGGUCUGCUGUACACCAAGUACAUCGACCACAACCUCUGCGGCACGCACGAGGGGUUCUGCGCCGAGCUGACCUACCCGUUCUUCACCUGCAUUGCGCUCGGCGCUUCCAUCAUCACCAUGUGGGGCUGCGUCCUCCUGGUCGAGCGCGAGUUUGAGGUGGUGGUUUCUCUCGGAGCGGUCUCUGUGACCUCGUUCGUCGUCUGCGCCAUCCUCUUCUUUUGGGCAAAGUUUGGCCAGUCUGUCAAGCACUUUGACCCGAACUUUGCCUCGAGGCCGCCUCUCCACUUGUCGAGCGGGCUGGGCGGCUAUCAGCACCACUGGGCGUCGUCCUUUGAGCACGGCAACAAAAUCAACGCGGUGCGAGACAUGCCCACCGCCAUCUUUUUGACGCUGAUGAUGCUCACCUUUUUGUACGCCAUGUACCUUGUCAAGCAGUACCUCAACCGCCGCGUCUUCUACGUCCCAAGGCGCAAGAUCGUGCGCGGGACGUGGUCCGGGAUCGAGCGAGAGGCGCCGGACGGACGGCGGCCUGUGGACGCUCCUGGCAGGAAGAGCGAGAAGAAGAAGUGCAAGGAGGCUCCAGCGCCGUCUCCACCAGAGAUGCCACCACCUACCGCUCCAACUCCCACGCCGCCGGUACUUGUAGCGCCGCCACCACCGCCGUCCGGGCCGCCGGCCUGUGACAACUACCCGGAAGCAAGCAGCCCGAGCCACGUCGACACGUAUUACAAAGGGGCGGACACUCCCUUUGAUUUUGCGGAACUCAACACUCCUCCCGGGGCUACCUUUGAGGACAAGCUCCAGGCUUGCAAGGACAAGUGCGACACCGACUCCUGGAGCGAUCCCAACCGCUUCACGGGCAAGUGCGUGGGCGUCGGCUACGCUGCAGACGCAAAUCACGCGGGACUGAGCUUCUGCUACGGCGUGAUGGACCCGCCGUACCAUCAGGACGCAGCCAUGGAAGGCUCGCCAAACUGGGUCCUUCUGAUGAAGGAGAACUGCGCGCCUCCGUCUGCGUCGCCGUCGCCGCCGCCUCCGUCCGCGUCGCCGUCGCCGCCGCCUCCGUCUGCGUCGCCGUCGCCGCCGCCUCCGAGCGAUCCCAACCGCUUCACGGGCAAGUGCGUGGGCGUCGGCUACGCUGCAGACGCAAAUCACGCGGGACUGAGCUUCUGCUACGGCGUGAUGGACCCGCCGUACCAUCAGGACGCAGCCAUGGAAGGCUCGCCAAACUGGGCUUGCAAGGACAAGUGCGACACCGACUCCUGGAGCGAUCCCAACCGCUUCACGGGCAAGUGCGUGGGCGUCGGCUACGCUGCAGACGCAAAUCACGCGGGACUGAGCUUCUGCUACGGCGUGAUGGACCCGCCGUACCAUCAGGACGCAGCCAUGGAAGGCUCGCCAAACUGGGUCCUUCUGAUGAAAGACAACUGCGCGCCUCCGUCUGCGCCGCCGUCGCCGCCGCCUCCCUCCGCUUCGCCGUCGCCGCCGCCUCCGUCCUCCUUGCCGUCGCCGCCGCCUCCAACCCCCCCACCGGCCUGCGACAACUACCCGGAAGCAAGCAGCCCGAGCCACGUCGACACGUAUUACAAAGGGGCGGACACUCCCUUUGAUUUUGCGGAACUCAACACUCCUCCCGGGGCUACCUUUGAGGACAAGCUCCAGGCUUGCAAGGACAAGUGCGACACCGACUCCUGGAGCGAUCCCAACCGCUUCACGGGCAAGUGCGUGGGCGUCGGCUACGCUGCAGACGCAAAUCACGCGGGACUGAGCUUCUGCUACGGCGUGAUGGACCCGCCGUACCAUCAGGACGCAGCCAUGGAAGGCUCGCCAAACUGGGUCCUUCUGAUGAAAGACAACUGCGCGCCUCCGUCUGCGCCGCCGUCACCGCCGCCUCCGUCCGCCUCGCCGUCGCCGCCGCCUCCGUCCUCCUUGCCGUCGCCGCCGCCUCCCUCCACCUCGCCGUCGCCGCCGCCCUCCACCUCGCCGUCGCCGCCGCCCUCCACCUCGCCGUCGCCGCCGCCCUCCACCUCGCCCUACUGUGAGCCGCCUGCGGUGGUCGCAGCCGCCGUGAGCGGUUCUCCGAAUGCCCUCGGCUUCUACCAGAUGAACACGACAGGCCACUGUAUGAGCAACGGCAAGCACCCGGCUACGCUCCAGGCUCCAAAUCUGGUUAAUGACGCCAGCGGGCUGCUCAACUUCGAUGCCGCGGUGGAAGUUGCGGGUGCGCUCUGUGCGAGACUAACCUCUUGCACCAGUUUCGAUGUCAACAACUAUUCGGGCUAUGAUAACUCGCCGAACUUGUACGCCAGCAACGGACAGGCGAUGCUCGAAGAGCUGCAAGGAAUGGCGUGCAACGGUGAACAUGGAGCCACCGGCCAGCCAUGGAUCGAGUUCACCAAUUGUGGCCUACCAGCGACGCAGUCUGGCGUGUGGAGGUUCUAUGACAGUCGAACGAGUGGGAACCGUUGUGCAGUCGGCGAUGACUGUCCUAUCACGGAGACUCAGACGUACGCGCACCCCACCAACGUGUGCUUUGUGAAGGGCGAGUGCGAGGCCUGCGACAACUACCCGGAAGCAAGCAGCCCGAGCCACGUCGACACGUAUUACAAAGGGGCGGACACUCCCUUUGAUUUUGCGGAACUCAACACUCCUCCCGGGGCUACCUUUGAGGACAAGCUCCAGGCUUGCAAGGACAAGUGCGACACCGACUCCUGGAGCGAUCCCAACCGCUUCACGGGCAAGUGCGUGGGCGUCGGCUACGCUGCAGACGCAAAUCACGCGGGACUGAGCUUCUGCUACGGCGUGAUGGACCCGCCGUACCAUCAGGACGCAGCCAUGGAAGGCUCGCCAAACUGGGUCCUUCUGAUGAAAGACAACUGCUGA